GUCUCUCCACAAAACCUCGUUGUCUGUGAACUCUCACCCUGACGGUUGGGAAAUGUCAAAGAGAGGCCCGUGCUGCAGUAGGGGGGCGGACAAAAAAAAUCAGUUUAUGGCUUUAUUUGAACACAAUUAGUCUAAUUUUCCGUUCUUCUUAAACAAGUGCCAUAACCCAUGGACUAUUAUCAAAAACCGACCCGUGGGCUAUCUGAUCCCUCCAGCGCCACCGACAAUUAAUUUCCAGCCUUCACUAUUCUCGGUAGUUUCGUAUCACAAUCCUUGUCAGACAUGAGAGAGAAAAUAAUGCUCCUCCUGAAAAUUAUAAUGCAACCACCCAGCUCUCCUUUCACCAUGACACCCAGCAGAGGAUUUGGGGAUUUAUGCUUGGAUCCCUACCACUGAUGGCCUGGACUGGGUUUCAGCUGGCCUGCUGAAGUUAUGGGGAGCUGUUGGAGCUGCCUAUACAGAGACCGCAUCAGAGACAACCAUCUCACCAAAUUUAAGGUAACUAAUGUUGAUGAUGAAGGCAAUGAACUGGGCUCUGGGACCAUGGAGCUCACCCAGACAGAGCUCAUUCUGCACACACGCAAGAGGGAUGCCAUUCGGUGGCCCUACCUCUGUCUGCGCCGCUACGGCUAUGACUCCAACCUCUUUUCUUUUGAGAGUGGAAGGCGAUGCCAAACUGGACAGGGAAUAUUUGCCUUUAAAUGUUCCCGGGCAGAGGAGAUCUUCAACCUGCUCCAGGAACUAAUGCAGUGCAAUAGCAUCAAUGUGGUGGAAGAGCCUAUGAUGAUGAGCCGCAGUGGCCACACUCCAGAAAUGGACAUUCCCCGCACACCUCAAACCCCCAACACUCCAGCAUUCCCUGUCCAGGGUUUCCCUAAUGGUUACCCUGGAUACCCUAUCCGAGCUGACUCUUCCCAGCCUUCUCUGGCUGACGAUCAUGGCCACAGCCUCAUGGGCCUUGAGGACCAGGCACACACCUACGUGAACACUGUUAGUGUGGAGGGGGACCUCUCCAGUCGACACUGUGUGCACUCCCUACCAGAGGUGCGGCCUAGCUCUUUUCCUGAGCCGGCACGCAGCUCCAUGACUGUGGGGGGGCAAGGAGGUGGGCAGUCCAGCAUGCACUGCUGUCCGUUGGAAGAACGCAAAGAUCCGCAGGUAUUCUUACAGCCUUCCUCACAGGAGGUCAAAUUCAUGUUGGGACCUACUCCCACCCAACGUCAUCUACUGGAACGAGAGCGAGAAAGGGAAAGACAUGGGCAUAAUCCCCAUGUUCUGCGGCCAGUAGAGGGCGCAACAGGCUCAGAAACAGAGGGUGACGAGCCUCCCCUGCACAUGUGCAACUCUUAUCAUCACUACCAACACCUCAUGCACCGGCAUCCAAGCCAUGAGCAUCAGGAGGGCUGUCAGGGUAGCCAACUUACCUACGAGAACAUCAACGGCCUGAGUAGGGGUCACAGGCUGAGACUCAGUCCCAGCAGUGUAUCCCAGUCUGUGGGCUCCAGUAGCAGCAGCAGCACCACUGGGGACAGUCACUCCCACCCCCUGUCCCAUCCACACCUCCACGGCCCCUCAUCAUUACCUCCGCAGGGCUACCCCUGUGAGCGGGGUGUGGGUGGAGGUCACCGGCGGACAGCUCUGCUCAACUAUGAGAACCUACCCUCCCUGCCCCCAGUGUGGGAAUAUCGUGCUCUGCAGAGGGACGAGGAUCAGGAUGAGGAAGAUGACGAGCAGGAUGAGGAGUACGAGGAGGAGGAGGAGGACUUUGAUGAGUAUGAGUUUUCAGAAGGUCCCAGCACACCCAAUGGUUACCAUCAGGAUGGCGGGGGGAUCCACCGGGAUGCCCUGCAGAACUACGUCAACACAGAGCAGGUUCAACCACCCCGGCUCCGACACGCCUGCCCCCCACACCCCCAGCCAUGCCAGUCAGACAGAGGAGGGCGAAUAUUCAGCUUUGAUUUUCGCAGAAGAUCGGGGGGAGGGGUGGGAGGGUGCGAGCACGGCCAUAUGCCUCCCUCGCGGCAGCUUAACUACAUCCAGGUGGACUUGGAGGGAGAGCCACCAUGUCAGCCUCAUGGUGUUGGGGCUGCCCAACCCCAGCCACAGCACCAGCGCCUACCACCCCUUAAAUGUGGUCCCCAGGCACCCCGACGCAGUGAGUUCUACGCCGUCAUCGACCUGAAGAAAACAGCAGCCAUGUCUAACCUGCAGAAAGCUCUUCCCAGGGACGAUGGGACCUCAAGAAAGACUCGCCACAACAGCACAGACCUGCCUCUGUAAAGGAGAUUGGAGGAGAGGAAAAGAUGAAAGCAAGGAGCAAAUGCAGCAAAGAUGAAUGAAGGGAUAGAGGUGAGGUGGGUGGACAGCUUAAGUGGACAGGUUUAGCACACUGGACCCCUCACUGUCAACCACCAUUCGACUGUCAGGCUGGCUUAUCUACAGUACAGGUACCUAAUUAGAAACUUUCUAAAAACGAUCUGUGCAUAUACCAGUAAUUGAGGAAGCUGUAUGGGGCAUUGCCCUGUUAUUGUCUGUUAUUUGGAUGUAGUGUAAGGCUGUUUAGUUUAACGGCACCACCUCUGAUUGGCCAGAUUUAUGGUUGUGCUUUAACCUUUGCAUUCAUUUAGAUUUUGCUGUAUAUCUUUCGCCUUAGCUGUGUGUUGGAGUCCCUUGGACAUAAACCAGAGAAAGAUACAGCUUGGUUAUAUCAGCUACCUUGUAUUUACCCAUGAUGCUUUGUAUGAGAUGAAAAGUCACUGCCCAGGAAAUAACUAGAUUUUCAAUUUUUCAUGGACAUUCUUUAUAUUAUUUUUCUACUAUGGAAUUACCCUCGUUAUUGGCCCUAGAUGAGUAUUCUCUUAAUCAAGUAUUAUUCCUGAAAUAGUUUAUGAACUUAAUAUUUCCUUUUUUUCAGUAUCAUACUGAUUUGAGCAGUGGCUGAAGUGAAAAAUAGUUAAUGAUUCCCAUGAAAUGAUGCGUAUUCCUCAGUUCACAAGCACUUAUUCUGCUGUGGCUGUUAGAAAGGACAGUUGAUGUAUAUUUAUAAUCUGCCCUCAGGAAAUAUAACAGAUCAGAAUGUUUUGCACAAUCCUUUGGAAUUGUAAAUUUACAUUCUCAUGUAAAGUAUUAUUUGGACUGAGACCCCAUCACAGAGACACAGAAUGGAUCACAUUAUCACCAUCUUUAAGAUUAGCCCAUGUUAAAUUGAAAAUAAGUAUGAAAGGGGUUAGGGUUAGUGGAGUAGUUAUAGUAGUUAGAAUUGUAGCAUGUCCUGAUGGUGCACAUACACUAGGUAGUCUUCUUCCACCAAGCACACACAGUACAUGAGUCAGACUCGGGCCACUUCAGUUUAUUGCAAAGAUUAAUGCAUUUGGUACUUCCUUUUCACAUGAGUUAGGGUGGAGCAUAGAGAUUAAAACUGUAUUUAUUGGGUAUAGGCCGCUUGUUCUUAAUGGUUAUUUUACUGAACCAAACAUUUUAUGGAUAUUUCAGAUCUGACUCUGACAACCUCGAAUAGUGGCACCUACUUGUUCAUUAAUUUACCAAGUGUCAGAUUGACAUGUGCUGAAAAGAUUAAUUUAAAGGGGAAUAUGUCAGUAUGUUUUAAAUGCAAACUCAUGAGCGCCAUCCAGAAAGCCUUUUGAAUGAUUAUAUUUAUUUGUCUAUUUAUUCAUUUACUAAAUUGUGGUCUGUUUUGUUAUUGCUUUGUCCAAAUGUGAUGACCAGCUUUUUUUUAUCCAGUCGGUGAUUGGGAGACCAAAGUAUCACCUUGGAUUACCGCUGAUGACAGGGGUAACACUGUUAUAACUGUACUAUGUUUUGAAAAAGAAAGACUGUAUCAACAUUAAAAGUGCCAAAUCUUUACUGCUAACUGUAUUAACAUGAUGAAUAAAAUCAAUGUGCCAUUAGGAAUAACAAAUAAUUUUUAAAAAACUUACUGGAAGGAGACACAAAUGUGACAAAAUGAAUGAGGAGGGAGGUCAGUGUUCAUCAAGUUUACUCCUCGUGAAUCCAUUGUUUUCAGGUUAGCUAGACAAAAAAGGGCAAGAAUGACACAUUUCACCUCAUUCACAGCCAUAUUGGAGUGAGACAAAGGAUUGGUAAUCGUGUAAUCUGGUAAUCACAAAUCCUGUGGUUCAAUGCUGCUACAGUGUGUACAUAAAAACAGUAUGUAAGCUACUAGUCAUGGUAAAAAUGCUGUUGUGUUGGAGCCUAUGCAGGAUUUUUUGCUAUGUUGUUUGGUAAUAGAACUAGCAUUGUCUUAUUCUUCAAGAUCAUGGCCUCUGAAUUAUACAUGUAAAAAUUGACAUUUCUAAAUUCCUUUCUUUGUAUUUGUCAAUGUUUCAAAUAUUUGACCUUGUAAUUGUUUUCAUCACAAUCUGGCUGUCUAGUAAGUGAAGUUGCUGAAGCACAUAUCCACCAACUAUAACCCUCCCAUGAGUGUGCAUAUUAACUGUUUAUUUAAAGUGAUGAAAGUAGAUACUCUGGUAGAGAUCUACGUGGACAUUUCAGAUGGAGAUAUGUACUGAACACUUAUAUUUUCAUGAUACAUUUAAAGGGUGUUUACAUUUUGCAAUAAUGGUUGAAUAGAGUUUUGUUGAUAAAGAUAAUGCUCCCAACCCAUGUGUGAAGUUUUAACAGAUUAUAGAGCUGCAGACCUAUUUUAUUUUGGCCCAGUUAUUUUGUCAAUCAGCAUUAUCUGACUACUUUCUCAGGCCCUGUGUUGAUAAUACAACUUUUGUAAUGUGUGUUUAGGUAAGAACGUUUUCUUUUUUCUUUCUUUCAAUGAUUUAUAUAUUUUUUACACUUAUUUAUGUAUUUAUUGUAAUCUUUAUUUAGACAAUUUGCUUACACAUACCUUAACUGUGUCACAAAUGAAUGUUUCCAAGCUCUAAAUAAUUUGUGGCUCUUGGAUGUGUAUUAUUUACAGAACAGAUACCAGGAGGCACACUGCCUAAUUUACUGUUUUUCAGUAAAAAGUGGGCUUCUGUUGUCUGUUUUUGGAAGUGUUACAUUUUACAUUGGUUGCAGGUACUUUCUAUUAUUUUAGAUAAUGUAUUAGUGCUUUCUCUUGAAUUUUGGUAAAGCUGAUACCACAAGAAUCAAGAAGCAGUCCCUACCCUUAACUUUGAAAUAUGUAACUUUUUUCCAUUUGAAAAAUCAAAUGGAUAGGUAUUAUUACAGUGCUUUAAAGCAUAUCGAAGAUCUUAAGACCUUAAGUAUUUUGAACAAUAUUAAGGUCAAUGUCUCUUCAGGAAGUUAGUCCAUCACUGAAAUAGAAGCAAAGGCACCCUCCAGUUAGCAUCAGUCCUGUGGUGUGAUAUGAUAAAUUGUUGUGAGGUAUUCCAUGCACAUACAACAAAUGUGACUCAGUUUCCUUCUAUAAGUACACAUUAUUGUCCUAAUGUGUAAAUGGUAGCUUAAAUACCUAGGAAAUGUUAUAGUAACUUGGUGCUGUGUUAUAAUAUCCCUGUCAAAGGUUUGUUUCAUUUGUCUUUUUUUUAUUUUUAUUGUAAGCAAUCACUACAGGGUGGUAAUAAUAUAGGUCCCUUUUCAUAUUUUCCUUCAAAAAAGCUCUUUACAAGUACCCCAAGCAAUGGAAAUCUGUUGACCCUCUAUGUGGUGAUUGUCUUUUGAGGGUUUGUGUUUAUUGAUGUAAAGGUCCAGUUACAGUUUUUGCACAUUCCUACAAACUAAAGAAGAUGACUGUGUGAACUGUUUUAAGAGCAUAAACUUACAUUAGUUUGGAGAAUUGUGAAAAAUCUAUUAAGUAACACUUAUUUGGUGGGGUUGACCAAUCAAAAUUAAUGACUGUGAUGUAAACUAAUAUGUACCAGUGCCAAAUUUCUUUGAGUAAGACUAAGGCCAGGACUCACCUGGUUGAACCUAGGUAUGAGGACUCUUCACAAGAGAAGCCAAUGAAGCACCUCUGGUGUAGAGUAAACCUGCUGUAUGAAUGUAGAAAGACUGUAAAGCUGAUGGUUCAUUAUGCUUCAUGUGCUGAAAGUGAGAAAAAAAGUCUCUAUUUAAAUUUUGCAAUCCAAGUUUCUUCGUAUUUACAUUUAUUGUAAGUUUAUAUCUCUGUAUGUACAUACUCAAACUGUAUGUGUAUGCAGUAAAGGUUGCUCAUGUCAUUAGAAGUAACUGAUAUAAGCUAGUUUUGUUACAUCUGUUGAAUCGUGAAACAUUUCAUUAUUUUCCAUCUAAAAUUGCAUUUCAAACUCUAGGAGAUGGCCAGUAUGUCAUCUUCAUUCCUCCAUCUCUGUCCAAAGGGAUGAAUGUUACCCUGAUUUAUAAUUCAUAAAAAAAUGGGGCUUGUACAAAAUGACUAAAUGUUAUUUCCAUAUUAAAAUCCUACUGUUGAGAAAGUGUUCUUUUGCUGAGUAUUUUCAUAUGAAGGAGGUUUCGUCACUCCGUAAGAACUGAAUUCCCAAGUGAACAGCAUAAUGUUUUUGCUUAAACACAGAUCUAAAACUUUGGUAUUAUUUGAGGUUUGCUUUUGCAGGUGAAUAUUGUUUACUAUCUCAUUUAGAGCAUGCACUUGGUGUCUGCCUGUGUAACAUGUUUCAAUAAUUUGAUGUACAGAGAGCAUGGUCUUGAUAGUUCUAGAGAUUUUCCAGCAAGCUGUAAAAAUAUGCCUUAUGGUUGUCUUGUUGUGUUGCUAUGUCUGUCUUGUUUCAUGGCCACUAAGUCAUUGUGUCAAAAGAGGAAUCUCUCAAAUAAAGCAGAGCUUUUAUUGUUUCUA